AACUUCAAUUUUCAACAGAGUUUACAAGCCACACCAUGGCUACCACUACCAGCAACAAUGGCGGUGACUUCUGUCGUUUCUUGCUUCAAGUCAUCACUGGAAGAUGGUUCAUGAUGUUUGCAUCUUUUUUAAUCAUGGCAGGUGCCGGUGCAACAUAUCUGUUUGGUGUUUAUUCCAAAGAUAUUAAAGCAGCCUUAGGCUAUGAUCAGUCCACACUCAACCUUAUGAGCACAUUCAAGGACCUUGGAGCCAAUGUUGGAGUCCUCUCCGGCCUCCUGGCUGAGGUAGCACCGACAUGGUUUGUUUUGCUAGUUGGUUCAGUCAUGAAUUUCACAGGGUAUUUCAUGAUAUGGUUAGCUGUGACCAAAAGAAUUGCUAACCCAAAGGUAUGGCAAAUGUGUGCAUAUAUUUGUAUUGGUGCAAAUUCACAAAACUUUGCCAAUACUGGUUCACUUGUUACUUGUGUGAAAAACUUCCCAGAAAGUAGAGGGAUGAUGUUAGGGCUUAUGAAAGGUUUUGUAGGGCUGAGUGGUGCAAUUUUUACACAGCUUUAUCAUGCUAUCUAUGGCAAUGAUUCAAAGUCUUUGAUUCUGCUUAUUGGUUGGUUACCGGCUGCGAUUUCUUUGAUUUUUGUUUACAACAUUAGGGUAAUGAAGAUUUCUACACAUCCAAAUGAACUUAAAGUGUUUUACGAAUAUCUGGCAAUUUCAAUUGCUCUAGCUUUGUUGAUCAUGGUACUAACUGUUGUUCAGAAAAAGGUUACGUUUUCUCAUGCUGCUUAUGUAAUAUGCGCAGUUGCAGUCUGUUUGAUGUUGUUUUUACCCUUUGUCAUCGCUGUAAGAGAAGAAUUUUACACUUGGAAGAAUAAAAAACAAGUUACUGCCCCUAUUAGUACCAUUGUGGAGGCGCCACCUCCCGAGACGGUGUCAAAAUCUGAGAUAGAACCUGAAUGUACAGAGACCAAGAUAGAGAAGAAGAGUCAGGAAGCCUCAGUCUGCACAAAUGUUUUCAAGCCACCUAAAAGAGGUGAAGAUUACUCCAUUUUCCAAGCUCUUCUUAGUAUAGACAUGAUUCUCCUUUUUGUUGGUACAUUCUGUGGAUUGGGUUGCAGCUUAACAGCAGUUGACAAUCUAGGCCAAAUUGGUGAAUCCUUAGGUUAUCCACAUCAUACCAUCUCUACAUUCGUUUCGCUUCUUAGCAUAUGGAAUUUUUUUGGUAGAGUUUUCGCCGGAUUUGUCUCUGAAAUCAUUCUUUUGAAGUUCAAAAUACCUAGGCCUGUAAUAAUGGCACUUGCCCUUUUCGUAGCCGCAAUUGGAGAUAUACUUGUUGCCUUCCCUUGGCCUGGUUCUGUUUAUCUUGCUUCUUUGUUGUUAGGAUUCGCAUUUGGUGCACAACUAACAUUGCUCUUCAUCAUUGUGUCUGAGCUUUUUGGAUUGAAAUAUUACUCAACUCUUUUCAACUGUGCUCAAUUAGCCAGCCCUCUUGGGUCAUUUGCACUUAAUGUGAGAAUUGUUGGGAAACUUUAUGAUAAAGAAGCAUUGAAGCAGCUGGCUGCAAAGGGGAUGACAAGAUCAAUGGUGAAGGAAUUGACUUGCAUUGGAAAACAAUGCUACAGACUAUCUUUCUCAAUUCUUGCCGCUGCUAACAUCUUUGGAUUUCUUGUCAUACUGAUUUUGGUUCUCAGAACUCGUAAAUACUAUGCAGGAGAUAUCUACAAGAGAUUCAGGGAUGAAAUGGAAGCAAAUGAAAAGGAUAUGGCUUUGAAAUCAGCACAGGGGAAUCCAAGUGGUGAAAGACAAGGGCAGUAACAGAAUAGAUCAGUUCACUGUACUUUGUUUCAUUUAUGCAUUUUUCUGUCAUUUCUGGAAAUAUUUUUUUUCCUUUAUUUGUUAAGUUUUAAAUUUGUUGCUUGUGCAACAAUGAACUUUCUGCCAAAGCUUGUUUAGAUAUUGUAAUGGCACUGCCCCAAAGGGGCACUUUGUUCUUGCUGAUUAUAAUAGAUCAGUGAUUAAGGUUAUAAAAUAGUGAAAUUAUAUAUCUAAAAAUCAUCAAACAUUUGAAAAUUUUGAAUUUUUUUUAUACAAAUGAG